AUGGCCUCAGCCGAGAGACCCCGAAUUCUUCUUCUCUCUCUCGCAUAUCGCGACUUUCUCGAUGAAGUCUACUGCACGCUCUUCAGCAGGCUCUCAGAAUUGGCCAACAUCAAGCGCGCGAAGACCGCGAACGCCGCGCUUCAAAUAAUCGGCGAGACCACCUUCAAAGCAAUCAUCAUAACAGACGAAGGCCUUGCCGAAUCCAAUCAAGAGAACCAGGAAGUCGAAAAAGGCGGGAUUGCCAUAGUCGGCCUGCACUUCCCCAACUUCACGCCCAUGGAUAAGUUCAGGAGGUUCUUCGAGGCCUUUGGCCUUGCCUGGAAAAAUGGCGACUAUCAUCGCACAACCUUCCGGCUUAAUCCAUCGGUCCUCUUGCCCGAAAGCAUUGAGGCAGCUUCGUUGCCUGGGCCGUAUAGCAUGAAGGUUCUUCAUGUCAAGAACGCUAAGCGUCAGGAAAAGAUCUUUAUUCCGAUUGAAGGCGCGGUAACUCAAAGUCUUGUUUUCCCUCCAGAUUAUGUGAAUCAGACUCAAGCUGCCGUUGCAGGGGCAAGGCUCGGGUGGGGUUAUCUUGUUUACUGUGGAGAUGUUAAUGGGGAGGAUGGAUCAAAUCAGCUUAUAUUGGCGCUUUGCGGGUUUUAG